AUGGCCGCUGGCGAAAUAUUGAGGCAGCUUAGCUUGCUAGGUGAAAAUGACAACAAUGAAGAGCCCAACCCUGAAAAUCGUUACUUUAUCAACAACAAAUUCUCUCAACUCUUCCUACUGACCAGUUUAGUGGACUACCCGGCAGUAUGGCCGACAUUUUUUCACGAUCUUCUAGCGGCCUUGAACUUGAACAACAUCUCUAGGAUUAGUCAUCAGGUCGUGAAUAUGUAUUUGAGGAUUUUAUUGAUGCUGCACGAGGAAGUGGUCGAUCGAGAUAUUCCACACACAGAUAUGGAGUUGAGAAGGAAUGGCCUCUUUAAAGACUGUAUGAGAGAACAGUGUGUCACAGAUCUGGUCUCAUCUUGGUUUGACAUACUCGUUUUGUAUGAGAGCCUGCUAUCAACGUCUCCGUCGAUAUCCAGCACCAUCCUGGCUUCCUGUCUCCAAACAAUCGGGUCCUUUGUAUCCUGGAUAGACAUCAACCUAAUUGCCAACGACCGAUUCAUUGAAAUCAUCCUUCGACUGAUGGGCUGCAACAAAGUCGUUGGGUCCAGUCAGUUGGUUGUACCUCCUAUUGUUCGGGGAGCUGCCUGUAGCUGCCUCAGUGAGGUCAUCUCCAAAGGAAUGGAUUCCGUCAUGAAAUUGAAGUUGGUUGAGUCGAUGGUGGUCAUCCUGGAAACGUCUGGAGUUAUUCGAGACGUUGUUGAUCUUCUUGAUAAAAACGAAAACACAAAGAAGGCACUGGUUAAAAGUGAAGACGAUGAUGGCGAUGACGAAGAAGAAGAGGAUGAUGAUGAUGAAUAUCUUGAAAAGUUUGCACAUCUCAUGGCAAAUUUUGGACAGCAGCUUGUCUUGUGCUGGCAGAAAUUUGUGAAAAACAAAGACCUUGAAAAUGCAAAGAUUGCACUGGAUGCCUUGCAGCCAAAACUUGGCCUACUCUUAAAACUGUUUGGCAACGAUGACGACGACGUUUCUAGAACGACCAUCAACUUCUUAACAGACUACAUCGGCUUGUUAAAGAUGCUGCCUUCGUCCUCUGAGGUGAGUUCAUUCGUGGAGCAAGUCCUUUGUGUCUUGUUGAAGAAGAUGAGGUACAUGAAGGGAUACAACUUCAAUCACGAGGGUGAAGAGGAAUGUGAUUUUCAGGAAUAUCGGAAAGAGCUGAAGAUUGUUUUUGUCAAUUUGAGUUCCUUGGAUUGUGAUGUGCUACUGAAAUAUGUAGCCAGCAACUUCAACGUUGUGAUGAGCAGUUUGCAGCAGACAACCUCAUUUGAGGAUGUUGAAGUCGCCAUUUAUUCCCUAUUCCUUCUUGUUGAAGUUAUGCCUACAUCAAACACAGGCGGCAGAACGAGCAAAGUACCGGAGCAAAGAAUAAAUAUUUUGUAUGAGAUGAUCAAAACGUUAAUAAUAUCUCAAGUCAGUCACUACCCACAUCCGGCUGUCCAAUCACAGUUCUUUGAAACUAUAGCUCGAUAUGAUAGGUUCUUCUCGGCAUUUCCCCAAUACAUACAUAGGGUUUUGGAAGCUUUCUUGGAUGAAAGAGGCAUAUGGAGUGCCCACUGUCACAUUAGAAGUAGAACUGCCUACCUGUUUUCAAGAUUUGUCAAAUCAAUUAACAAAGCUCAUCUUCAAGACAGCCUGGAAAUGAUUCUCACCAGACUGGAAAGCCUUCUCGUGCUAAACACCUCCCUUCCUCCUCUUCCUCCUCCUCAUCUCUCAUCAUCAUCAUCACAACACAAGACAUCACAUCAUCAUCAUAACUCAUCUCAUAACCACCAUCCUCAUCCGACUUCAUCGACUUCAACGUUUCACCACGGCGGUAUGAUGAAGCAUAACUUUGACGCGAACAACAUGUGUAACAGUGCUGCUGUGAAAAUGAACAAUGGCGGUGGUGUUGGUACCUCCAACGCCGCUGCUGUGGAUAAUUCCAACUUGCAACUGUCAACUGAUGACCAACAAUUCAUGUUUGAGACUGCGAGUGUUCUCAUUGUUCAGAGCAGCUUCGCACCUGAGAGGAAGCGAGAGUUGUUGAACAGAUUGGUGGUCCCCAUCUUGUUGCAGUUCGAAGAGUUGUUAGCGCAAAUGACCUCUGAGAGAGAUGAAAGUCUGCAGGUUUUCUACGCUCAACUACUCAACAGAGCCAUGUCAUUUAUCAGUCGGACUAGUAAAGGAUUUUCCGGUCAGCAGACUGUUCACGGGAAUGGUUGCAUAUCAACAUACACGGGCGCCAUGCAAGUUUUCAUCAAAGUUUUGCAGGUCCCAAUACAGACACACCUUCUACAUCAGGGUUUCAGACAGUUUCUUCAUCGAAUGGUCAUAUGCAUGGACACUGACAUCCUUCAAUUCAUCCCAACAUCAGUUGAGGGAUUGAUGUUGAAUGCUUCUAUCAAACAACUUCAUGAAUUCAUCCCGUUUCUCAACCAACUCAUUCAAAAGUUCAAGAAAACCAUAGUACCAUACAUGCAGAAGGUCUUCAUCCCAAUCAUCUCGUUGAUCCAAAAGUCCCUGACAUCCGCGGCCGUUGAUGAAGAGGACCAGGUUAUCCAGAUGGAGAAGAAGAUGCUGCAGAGAGGAUACUAUGGAUACAUCAACGUCAUCAUUAACAAUGAUACUGCUGAGAUAUUGAGUAACCAAGAACCGAACGACCUGAACAUAAUCUUGACGACGAUAAUCCAAGGGGCCGCUAACUGCUCGGAUCCCACCGCCCAAAAAACGUGUUUUGCAAUCCUUAAAAGAAUGAUUGAAAUAUGGGGUGGAACAAAUAUUGUACCGAACCUGAGAGAGUUCGUAUAUAAGGAGAUUGUACCGUGCUGCUUCCAAGUGCCUUUGUCGAAUGAGUUUGAUGUUGUAGAUGCACAGACGAUAUUGGUCUUGAAUGAGAUAGCUGGUUGUCUUGGAAAAGCGCAUAGAACGAUUGGACCAGAGCUUAUUAACUAUGUUACAUUCACCUACCUGCCUUCACUCAACUUCAACAAUCAAGUCAUACAGGAAUUCUGUCAGAAUUUAGCACAAUCAAACGAUAAAAUAUUCCAAAAUUAUCUAAAAUCAUUCGUGUUACAAGUUCGACAGGCAGAGAGUUAAAAAGUUGUAUAUCAGUUGAACAUGAAUGCAUUCUUCUGUCGUCAUCAUCACAACUGAUCGACUUUACAUCGAGUAUUAAUCAUAAUUUGUUGAAUGGACAUUUUAAUGUCACAUUGAUAGUUUAUUUUAUGCUUUUUGGUAUAGUUUAUUUUAUUUUCAUGUUUAUGAUGCAAAAAAUGAAAUAUAUACAUAAUACAACAAUUUAAAUGAUAAAAAUAAAUGAAUGAAUGAAACAAAAA